AUGGAGGAAGAUUUAAUUGAAGAACUCAAGCACAAGAAGCUAACAAAAGAAGAAGAAACACAGAUUGCAAUAUCAGGGGAGGGCAGAAGGGAGCUAAUCGAAGAAUGCGAAUUGAGGAAUGAUACUUACCAGUUCAAAUUUUCAAGCGAAUAUCAGAUGAGAUGGGUCGAGAAUAACGGUCCAUGGAAUUUUGAGAACAAUUUAUUGCUUCUCAAAAGAUGGGAACAGGGGAUGACAGCAUAUAACAUCUCCUUCACCCAUUCUCCAUUUUGGCUACAAAUUUGGGGCUUGCCGUUCGAUAUGAUGUCGGAGAAAAUUGGAAGGGAUAUUGGCAAUAGUAUCGGUAAUUUUAUGGCUGCGGAUUCGAAGUCAUGGUCUUCAGAUCAAACGAAAUUCAUGAGAAUUCGUGUGAACAUCCCGCUGGAUAGACCACUAAGGCAGUGCGAAGUUGUGGCUAGCCCAGAAGGGGAGAAAUUUCAAGUCUAUUUCCGCUAUGAGAGACUCCUUGUCUUUUGUUUUCUCUGUGGAGUAAUGGGGCAUGAUGUUCGGCAUUGUCCGUGCUUGGAAAGGCAAACAGAAGAACUUCCCCAAUAUGGUGAUUGGUUGAGAGCUCAGGAGGGAAGUAAGAUAGGUAGUCAAAAGAAGGAUCAAGCAAAGAUAACAGCGAUGGGACAAAAUGCGCCACCGGAGAUAGCAGGAAAGGGAGAUCAAGAUGCAGAGAGGAGGAGCCUAGAAACGAGCGGGAAUCCCGAAAAGCAAAAGGUCAGUAGAAACUCUGCUAGUAUAUCAGAUACUGAUAGUGACUUGUCAAACUCUUUAUUUCAAAUUCAAAUUCAAAAUACCAAACUAGAGAAGUAG